UUCUCGUUGCUUGGGCACAGCACAGCAGACAGGCAGAGGAAUCACGAGCCAAAAUAUGUUGGCCGCGGGGCGUUCUAUUCCUGCGGCGACAGCGGUUCGCCGUACCGCUGCUGCGAAGAGCGCCAGCGCUUUCGUUUUGAAAGCUCGUGUCGCUCCUGGCCGCCGCCGCCCCUCUUUCAGAACGCUAUCCACUGAGGGCACAGGCACGCCCGGCACGGUAGCCGGUGCCCGAGCUACGGCGUCUUCUGGCGCAGCGCCAGCGUCCCCUGUCGUUGGCGGCGGCAGCGGCAGCGGGGGCGGGGGUGGAGGUGGGGGCGGGGGGGGGGGAUCCGGCGUGGGUGGGGCGGCCGCGCGCCUGUUGGCGGGAGCUGUGGCCAUCGUGGGCGUGGACUUGUUGGCUUACGCCAAGAUUCCGAUCGUUAAGGACGCGGUGGACCACUACCUGUCCGGUCCACUGCCGCCCGAGGUGUGCGGUAUGCAUGUGACGUACCCCCCAGGAAAGGGCACGCCCACGAGGGAAGCGUGGGACUUCGGGUUGACCAAGAGGGCCACCGACAAGGUGCGGCAACUAUCCCCUUUCAGCCGCGGCGACAAGUCAGCGAAGUCUGAAGAGUUCACGUCGAGUGGCUUCGAGGUCGGCACGUCUGGGCUCAACAAGGGUUUCUCCGUCUCGACCUCUCCUCCAGAAGGCAACAGCAGCAGCAGUAGAAGCAGCAGCAGCAACGAUAAGGGCAAUAGCGCGUUGGAUACACCUCACCAACCCGCGGCGUGGGAAGACACAGCUGCGGCGGAUGGGGUGGUAGAAGCGGCGUCCUCCUCCGCCCCAGAGUGGAAGACCGGCGCCAUCGCCAGCGGCGACGACAGUGGCAGCACCAGCCUGUCGGAUUUCUUGGGUGACGAUUUCGAGGUCGAUGUAGAAGAUACGGCCAUGGCGGCAGCAAUGAUGGAGGCAGGGGCUUCUCUGACGGGGGAAGGGGAAUCGUUUAGCCGCGAAAGCGCGACCGCGGCGGCGGAGAAGAAGGGCGAGGAGGGGGAGGAGGGUGCUACCGACGAGUUGGAAUCCUCGGGUGUUUCGAGCUUGGUCACGGACGGUGGGGAUGCCGCGGUGAGAGAGGCCGAGGCACUGUUGAAGGAGGCCGAGGCGGCCGCGGCGUUUGCCGCUGACUACGCCGCCGCUGCCGCCUCCGCCGCUGGCGACGCCACGUCGUCCAUCGAGACCCUUUCGGCCGGAAGCAGCGACGAGUCUAGCGGCGACGAGCUUGCUUCGUCCCCUGAACGGGACGACCCUGCCUCCGCCUCUGUCGAGCACGCGGAGGUGUCAGGAGAAGAGGUUGGCGAGGGGGAGGAGGGGCUAGCGUCACCGUCUGCGCUGGCCGCGCUGCAGGAGAAGGAGAGGCGGGACGCCGAGGCGAGGGAGGAGCUCGACGGCACGAAGCGCCGCAUCAGGAACGAGGCGCUGUCGUCAGUGGCGGAGGAAAUGGAGGUGGCCUCCGCUGGCCUCAAGAGGGAGCUGGAGCAGAGCAUGCUCAAGGACCUGAAGGACCUUGAUGAGGACAGCCUUCGGUUUCGCGUAGCCCAGCUUGCGACCGAGCUCCAGGAGAGGACGAAGUGGGAGGCCCUCCGGCUUAUGGACGGCGUCCAGAAGAAGGAGGCAGAGAUCUCAGAUAAGUACGAAGCCCUUUUGUCCGAGCAGAAAGAGAGGUAUGACGGGGAGACCGCAAGGGCCCUCAGAGAACAGGAGAAGGAGCUCUCGGCACAAUUCGUGGAGAAGUACGGGGCCGAGCUGAGGGUCCACCUCGAGCACCAGGCGAAUGAGUUUAAAGAAGCGCUGCACGCCAACGCUGUCGCCGGAAGGGAGGCCCUAGAGCAGGAGCUCGAGAGGAGGCACGCCGACGUGGUGGCCGAGCUGAAGGCGCAGGAUCUCGAUAGGUCGGAGAAGGUGGUGGCGGAGCUGAGGGAGCUGAGCCACAAGGCCGAGAGCAAGAUUAUGGAGGUGGAGGCUGCCCGCAACGCCGAAGAGGCGGAGAGACUCGCCAGCGAGAAGGUACACCGCGUCACGCACGCCACCCUCUCCCUCACAGAGCGGUUCACGAGCUCGGCUCCAAUCAAGAAGGAGUUGGAUAACCUGCGGCGACUGGCGGGCGGGGACCCUCUGCUGGAGGCCGCGGCGGAGUCCAUCCCCGCGGACGCGGCGGCGAGGGGGAUCCCGACGGUGUCGCAGCUCAAGCAAAGGCAUGCAAUCUUGUUCGGCAUCGUGAAGGCGGAGUGCCGCCGCGCCGCCCUGGUACCGCAGCAGGCCGGAAACGGGAUGAUGGGGCACCUGGUCGCCUCGGCUCUGGCCAAGAUCACGUUCGCGCCUAAGGGCAUGGUGGAGGGGGACGAGGCGGAAGCAGUGCUGGCCAGGGCCGACCACCUGCUCGAGGCUGGAGAGCUGCAGUCGGCCGUCGGCGAGCUGGAGAAGCUGCACGGGCUGCCUGCGGACGUGGCGAUGGACUGGCUCAAGGACGCCAAGACGCGCCUCACCGCUGAUGAGGCCCUCAGGGUUAUCCGGUGCCACGCCGCCAUCCUCAACGCCGAGCAUCUCAAGGCUUUGGAUGGAAAGGCGUGAAUUUGUGUUUGGAUUGAGUGCAGCUUGUUUCCUGCUGCCGGGAGGCUUCUGGCCCAGCCGGGAGAUGGAAGGGGAUACGUGAAGUGUUUCGCAGUUUCAGAUGAUGCGAGGGGCGGGGACUUUGUUGCGAAGCCGUUGAACGGUUAUGCAACUGACUGUGGCGUGCUCCAGGCAGCUACAUAGCGUUUUGUUGGGAUAUGCUUGCAAAUAUGCAUUGACAAGUUUCACGUGUCUGACGGACACACGAACGUCAAACGUGCUACCGAUCUGAAAGAGAUUCGCGGGAACCACGAUAUUUUUGGGGACAAUACAGACAGCCAUGAAGCGAGGGGUGUCGGACCUUUCACUCCUGUUCUCCUUGGAGAGGGGUCCAAGCUGUAGGUUUUUCCACUGCGUGCGUUUUUUCGGUGCGACAUUCCAGGCGCAGUUGGUGUACUUUGGCGGUACCCAAAUGUAGCUAUGCGUCAGGCGACAUCUACAAAUCUUGGACGUUUAUGAAGCUACCUGAGACGUCACCGUGCUCG